AUCCAUUUCAAUGGUGCAGCUUUCCCAAGCCCCUUUCCGUCGCCCAUCAUCUUCUUCUGGCUGGUCAGAGGAGGGUGAGGAUAAGAGCAUGAAGGCAACCAAGCAGCAGGUGAACCCAUCUGGGGAGAGCCAACCUCCCUCCAGCCCCCUGCAAUCUGCGCUGAACUCGGCAGCUUCUCCUUCCCAGGCAUACGAGACUUACAUUGAUAAUGGGCUUAUCUGCCUCAAACACAAGAUCAGGAACAUUGAGAAAAAGAAGCUCAAACUAGAAGACUACAAAGAUCGCCUGAAGAAGGGAGAAGCCCUCAAUCAAGACCAGUUGGAUGCAGUGGAGAAAUAUGAUGAAGUAGUACACAACUUGGAAUUUGCCAAGGAGCUUCAGAAGACUUUUUCAGGACUUAGCCAAGAUCUGCUGAAAGCACAGAGGAAAGCUCAGCGAAGAGAAAGUCUAUUAAAGCUUGAAGCAGAGAAGAAAAAACUGCGUACAAUACUUCAAGUCCAGUAUGUGCUGCAGAACUUCACUCAAGAGCAUGUUCAGAAAGAUUUCAAAGGUGGUGUGAAUGGUGCAAUAUACUUGCCUUCUAAAGAACUAGACUACCUCAUAAGAUUUGCAAAACUGACAUGUCCAGAAAGAAAUGAAAACUUGAGUGUUGAAGACCAGAUGGAACAAUCAUCUCUUUACUUCUGGGACCUUCUAGAAGGAAGUGAGAAACCUGUGGUUGGAACAACAUAUAAACACAUGAAGGACCUGUUAUCCAAACUUCUAGACUCUGGCUACUUUGAAAGUAUUCCAACUCCUCGCACCACUGUGCCAGUAAAAGAAUUGGAAGAAGAAGUAAAUAGAAAAUCUGAGAGAACAAGACAGAUGUCAAAAGGAGAGUCUGUCAAAGAACCAGAAUCCAUUAUGGAGCUUAUGAAGUCUGAAAUACAGCCACAGGAGUUUCUCAACAGGCGUUAUUUGCCUGAAGCAGAAUAUUCUGUCAAGAAGAAGCCAGAAGAGCCCAAAUCUUGGGAAGCUGAGUGUGCUAGAAAGCAAGAACCUCCAAAGUCAUGGGAGAUGCUUGUUGAUAUUGAAGAGCAGAAGCAGAAACAAGAGACCUUAAAGCCUUGGGAAGCCUGUAUUAGGCAGCAAGAACAAAAAAGAUCAGAUUCUCCAAAGCCUUGGGAAGCUUGUGUUAAACAGGAAGAACAGAAGUGUGAGCCUACAAAGCCCUGGGAGACCCGUGUUGAGGAGGAAGAACAGAAGAAGCAAGAAGCUCCAAAGGCCUGGGUAGCACGUGUCCGAGAGGAGCAGGAGUCCCCUAAACCUUGGGUAGCAAAGGUUAGGGAACAGCAGGACCAGAAGAAACAUGAAUCACCUAAGCCAUGGGUAGCAAAAGUUAGGGAAGAGCAGGAACAGAAAAAGCAGGAGUCCCCAAAACCUUGGGUAACCAAAGUUAAGGAAGAACCAGAAAAAAAGCAGGAAUCUCCGAAACCUUGGGUAACCCCAACUAGGGAGCAACCAGAACAAAAGAAGCCUGAGCCUGUGAAAUCAUGGGAAAUGCCUGUUAGGGAAGAGCCAGAGCAAAAGAAGCAGGAGCCUGUGAAGGCUUGGGCUGCACGUGUUAGGGAGGAGCCAGAACAAAAGAAGCAGGAGGCUCGAGAGGCUUGGGAAAAAGCUGACAGGCAGCAGCAAGUGUCGUCACAGCAGUUACAGAACCCUCCGAAGUCCUGGGGAGCUGCGAGUGUUGGGCCAAAGGAACAGAUGGGGCCAAAGAAGUUUGAUAUGGAACCUAAAGAAGAGUCCAUUCUAGAUUUUGAUAAAGCUUCACCAAGUGCCAUUGGUUCAUCCCAACCACCUUCAGUUACUCCAGCAAGUAGUCCUGUAGCUUCAAAAGAACAGAAACUGCCAGGUCAGAGUGAUUUUCUUCAACAGCCUCUUCAAGCUGCUGCUUCAUCUAUGACACUGCGUGGUUCAAAUACUUCCCUAGCAUCUGCUGAUCAGACUCUUUCUGGCUCUGAAACUGAAGACUUGGUGACACCACAGACACCCCAGGCAAGUAUUCCUCUCUCAAGUGAGCCACAGUCACCAUUGCCUACUUCAAGCACCUCCAUGUCACCAGUGCCACCAGUGCAAAGCUUUCAAUCUCCUCCAGCAAGUAGCAGUUCUGUCACAAUAACAGCAGCUCCUUUUCAGGCUAUGCAGACUGUAUUUAAAGUGAAUGCACCACUGCCUCCACGUAAAGACCAGGAAAUUAAAGAGGAUUCUUCAUAUUCAGCUGGAUAUAACCAGAGUUUCUCUACAGCAAGUACACAGACUCCUCCUCAAUGCCAGUUGCAACCUUCUCAUGUUGCAGAACAAACCUCUGUUUCACAAGAAUCUCUGUCUUCAGCAGUGAAUUAUCAAACUGAUGGAGCUGUUCCUGUUAGCAAUGGUAGCCUUGCCUUUUACCCAGCACAGACUAAUGUUAUUCCAAGACCCCCUCAGCCUUACCUUAACAGUCGUGGGUCUGUCAGAGGAUCUGCUAGAGGUGGAAGGUCACUGGCUAACUCGUAUCGUUCUCCUGGUGGGUACAAAGGUUUUGAUGCUUACAGAGGCUCAUCUUCAAUAACUAAUGGCAACUAUGGCCAACUGCAGUUCCCUGGUAGAGAUUACGCCGGAAUGCCAUAUUCUCAGAGGGAUGUUAAUUACCAGCAGUGCUAUAAAAGAGGUGGGAUAACUAGUGGUCCUCGAGCAAAUUCAAGAGCAGGGUGGAGUGAUUCCUCUCAGGUGAGCAGUCCAGAACGAGACAAUGAAACCUUCAACAGUGGGGACUCUGGGCAGGGAGAUUCCCGCAGCAUCACCCCUGUUGAUAUGCCAGUGACAAGCCAAGCUGCCACCAUACUACCAGUGCACGUCUACCCCCUCCCGCAGCAGAUGAGAGUUGCCUUCUCUGCCGCGAGAACAUCUAACUUGGCCCCUGGAACUCUAGACCAGCCAAUUGUGUUUGAUCUGUUGCUGAACAACCUUGGAGAAACUUUUGAUAUCCAGCUUGGUAGGUUCAACUGUCCAGUGAAUGGUACAUAUGUCUUCAUCUUCCACAUGCUGAAACUGGCUGUAAAUGUUCCCCUGUAUGUGAAUCUCAUGAAGAAUGAAGAGGUCCUAGUGUCAGCAUAUGCAAAUGAUGGGGCUCCUGAUCAUGAAACAGCUAGUAAUCAUGCAGUCCUGCAGUUGUUCCAGGGGGAUCAGAUCUGGUUGCGUCUGCAUCGGGGAGCCAUCUAUGGAAGUAGCUGGAAAUACUCCACCUUUUCAGGAUACCUCCUUUAUCAGGACUAAAAUCCAGUGCGAUGUUUACAAAAGAGCUGCUCCAUACACUGUGGUGGAGGGGGGUGGGACUAGCUUUGCACUUACUACUGACUUAAUAGAAGAUGUGGUUCCAUUAUUGGGGGAAAUGAUGGUCCUGUUGUGCAAGGUGAAAUCAUGGAGUUGGGGUACUGAAUCAGCACUAAUUUGGCACUUUAUCAGUUGUGAUGUAGCCUUGCUAGUAAAGCUGUGAAUGUAUAUUGUUUGCACUUACCCUAAACUGUAUUAAUGUCCAGCUUACUACACUAUUGAUUGCCUCAAGUAUGGGCUAUUCACAAUGCCUUGUUGUGCCUCAAUAAAACAAGUUAAUAUGCAUUUUAG